AAAAGGAGGAAGGAGGAGAGAGGGAGGAGGAAGGAGCAGGGGUCGCUGCACCUGCAUUUUACCUGUGCGAUGGUCCCCGUCGCGCGCCCAGGUGCGCCGGCAGAGCCAUUCCCCGCCCUUGCGCGUCCAGAUCCGAGAUAUUUCCAGCGGAGUCUGGCCCCCGAGGGCGAGCGCGCCCACCUGAGCCGGCCCUCGGGUAGCUCCCACCCACCCACCUACCUACCUAGCCACCUGCCUGCCUGUCCUUUUGCUGGCAAGCAGCCCAGGGGUGGCACCGCCCGCCAGCACCCUCCUCCUCCACCACCUGCGUCUCACCAGACGCGGAAAAGCACCUUUCCCCUCUCCUCCAUCGCCGCCCAAAACGAUCCGUGGGAAAUGUAGUUUAACCAGGUGCUGCGAACUGUAGUUUGACCCCGGCUACAGUUCCGGAGCAGCCUGGAUAAAGCGCAGCUCCCGGGGUUCUUUCUGGACGAAGGAAUCGAAACGUUUUGCGCGAUGUCGGAACAGGAGGGAAAGGUUCACUUUGAAGCCGGGCAAGAAAAUAGCAAAGAGUCGGUGCCAAUCAGGUAUAGAAAAAUGGGGAAUUGUGGGCAGGAAGGUGGGAAUAGCUAAAUUAAUGGUUCUUCUAAUCCGAGUUAAAAACAAAAGAGGAAUGUAAAAGGGUAAAAUUGAUGGGAACUGCAGCCAGGCAGGUUCUAGCGAGCAAUUGGAAAAAAUGCAGAAGAGAUAGGGGUGAACCAGUGGAGGAAAAAACCGAAUAACAUUAUAAUUUUAGAAUAUCUAACUGUGAAGGUACACAGAAUGAAAGGGUUUAAGGUCAGCGAGAAAGAGGAGGAUCGGUUUUGGAAUUAUUUGGGUCGUGAGGAGAUCAUCCCCCCUUUUUUCUCUCUCUCUCCUCCUCUCUCUGUUCAUCCUGCUGGAAAGUUGGGGGAUGGCAUCCCUUUUCAGGGAACCCCCCAACCCCAAGCCGGCCCCUGCCAAGCCUCUCACAGACCUGGAUUUCCGUUCCGGGGCACGCAUCGAAGAGAUCAACCAGCUCAUCCAAGAAUACGAGGCCAGGGACCCAGGCGUCCGGGACGCCCCAGAACUCCACCGUGCAAAGGAUAAGAUUUUCUCCCUGCUGGGUCAGGUCCAGAAAUCCGAGGGGAAGCUUCCUCCCAUCAACCGCUACUUGAUCCUCUCCGGCGGAGCCCAGCGGGGCACCAUCCACGUCGAUCCUGGCACCUUGUGCCCUCUUUCCGCCGGGGGCGACUACGACGCCGACUUCACCCUUCUGGUGCCCGUCCUGAACGCGGCCGGGGUCCCUGUCACCUUGGACAUGAAGCAGACCCCCCCGGGCCACGCACAGAUCAGCCUCCAGCCCUUCGGCCCCGAGACGCUGACCCGCUGGUCGGACUGCUGCUCAGGCGACGAGGCCCACCUGUCGGCCGAGCUGGUUUGCGAGUGGCUCUCGCGCUCCUUCCCCGCCGACGCGGACGUGCGGGUCGAGCGGCGCGGCUCCGUCACCUCCCUGAUCGUCCGCGUCGGGCUUCGCCGCGUCCUCUACGACGUCCUCCCGGUUGUGGCCUUCAAGGGCUGGCCGGAAGUUGCCCAGUCGUGGUUGGCGCAAGCCCAUUUCUGGGACGGCAAAAUGACGGACGAAGAAGCAGCCGGCAGCUUUUACCUCAUACCGUCCGCGUCCUUCGGCGCCUGGCGCCUGGCCUUUUCGGCCAGCGAGCUGCACCUCCGCCGGAUCCUGCCCCCGCCCCUUCUCCGCGCCCUCCGGGCCGCCAUGGCCAUGCUGGGCUGCGACCUGCGCGGAGGCCUGGGGCCCUACCACCUCUUCACCUUGGCGUUGUGGUCGUGCGAGCGGCUGCCGUCCAGCUACCUCGGCCGGGACGAGAACGCGGCGCACGCCUUGCUGGGCCUCUUGGAUGACCUCUCCGCCGGCUUGGCGCACCGGCGCCUCCCCAGCUACUUCCUGCCGCAAUGGAACCUUCUGGAAGGGCUCGCUCGGCCGGCCCUCGAGGGCCUGGCCCGGGAGGUCGCCUGGGUGAGGGCCGACCCAUGCCGGUUCCUCCGGCGAGCCGUUGAAGGUGCCAAGGAAGCCAAGCGGUUGGCCAAGGCCUUCAGGGAGCGGGGUGCGUCCCCCACGGCGCCGUGACCCCUUCCACGGAACGGGCACUUUGGCUUCAGGUGGAAAAAUGGUGCCAACGAGGGCCGCCUUUGCCCAUUGCUGAAGCAAUCAUGGCUUCGCCCCAAUGCAGCCUUUCUCAGCCUGUGGGUCCCCAGAGGUUGUUGGACUACAACUCCCAUCAUCCCUAG